GAGGUUCUUACGCUGUGAGGCAAGUGUAUUACCAACUGAAGCUUCUUCCCUUCAACUCUAUUCAUUAAUUUAUGAACCACAUUUUUAAUGGAGAAUCUAAUGCGUACUAUAUAAAAAUCAGCUUGAUGGGAUGGCAAGAUUGCUCAGUAUUUGCCAUUAAACUUGACAACUAAGAGUCAACCCCUAGAACCUGCGUGGUGGAAGGAAAGAACUGUUUCCUGCAAGUUUGUUCUCUGACCACAGCAUAUUCAUGUGCACAUACAUGCACACACACCAAAAUAAAUAAACAGUUAUUAUAAUAAAAUCAUUUUUAUUUGUAUGAAUAUUAAGUCUCACAGAAUUAGGGAGGUAGAUGUUAAUCAUUGCUUAUUAAAAAUACAGUAGGCUUUAAAUUUAGAUAAUGGUCAAAGUGAUAAUUAUUAAUAAGCCAGAAAUGGUAUUAAAAGAUGACACAUACACGCACAUGUAUAUACAGCAUCUAUUAUUGAACAAUGAUUCAAUAUAUCAGCUUAUAAAUUGAGUGGCACGAGUUGUUCUCCAUACUGGGUAUUAGGAAUUUAACAGUUAAUCUUAAUAGCACCUGUAGUCCAAAGGCUAAGAUUUUAGUUUUGUAGAUAAAAUAUUCCUUUCCUGAAUCUCUUUAACAUUCAUGUUUAUUUUGUUAGCACCCUGUCAGAGUAGAGACAGGUUAUUCAUUCACCUAAUUUCUGAACGUACCUGAAAAAAUAGAGAAAACAGCAUUACGUGUUCAUUGUUUGGUAGCCAGAAUACUUUGAAAACAAAAUUUAGAGUGUUUAUCAUCUUAAAUAGAUCUAUUAUAAGCCAUGAUUUAUCUCAUUUACAUGAACAGAUGAAGUACAAAAUAUAAAUCUUAAUGGGAAGAAUAGCAUAUAUUUGUAUUUAUAAUAACUUAAUUCUACUCCCAAAUAAAUUGUGGACUAUCCCUGUAGCCUAGUAUAUAACUGAAGUGUUUUUAAUUCCUGUUUUGGGUAAAAGAGACAGUUGGGCAAGACUUACAUGAUCCUGGAAAGUACCUUCAAACUCUAGAAGUCUUACAGUCUUGGCAAAAGAAUGAAUGGUCUUAGUGUGUCAUGGGAGUCAGGGGAAGUCCUCAGGGAGCCAUUGGUUUUGAAGAGCGAGAGCAUGAGAGCAGGAUGAGACGGCUCAGGCGUCAGGAGUCAGAAGCGGCAGCAGUGCUUUGUUCCCUCUGUUCGGCGUUUGCUUAGUGACUGAGAUGAAGGAAAGCUGAUGUUGAAAGCAAAAAGAGGCAUUGGAAAAGUGAAAAGAAAACCUAGCGUUCCAGAUACUGCGUCUCCUGCUGACGAUAGCUUUGUUGACCCAGGGGAACGUCUCUAUGACCUCAACAUGCCUGCUUUUGUGAAAUUUAACUACAUGGCUGAGAGAGAGGAUGAACUGUCAUUGAUAAAAGGGACAAAGGUGAUCGUCAUGGAGAAAUGCAGUGAUGGGUGGUGGCGUGGCAGCUACAAUGGACAGAUUGGAUGGUUUCCUUCAAACUAUGUAACUGAAGAAGGUGACAGUCCUUUGGGUGACCAUGUAGGUUCUCUGUCAGAGAAAUUAGCAGCAGUUGUCAACAAUCUGAAUACAGGUCAAGUACUGCAUGUGGUACAGGCUCUUUACCCAUUCAGCUCAUCCAAUGAUGAAGAACUCAAUUUUGAGAAAGGUGAUGUAAUGGAUGUUAUUGAAAAGCCGGAAAAUGACCCAGAGUGGUGGAAAUGCAGGAAAAUCAAUGGCAUGGUUGGCCUGGUGCCAAAAAACUAUGUUACUAUUAUGCAGAAUAACCCAUUAACUUCAGGUUUGGAACCAUCACCUCCACAGUGUGAUUAUAUUAGGCCUUCACUCACUGGAAAGUUUGCUGGCAAUCCUUGGUAUUAUGGCAAAGUCACCAGGCACCAGGCAGAAAUGGCAUUAAAUGAAAGGGGGCAUGAAGGAGACUUCCUCAUUCGUGACAGUGAAUCUUCGCCAAAUGAUUUCUCAGUAUCACUAAAAGCACAAGGGAAAAACAAGCAUUUUAAAGUCCAACUAAAAGAGACAGUUUACUGCAUUGGGCAGCGGAAAUUCAGCACCAUGGAGGAACUUGUAGAACAUUACAAAAAGGCACCGAUCUUUACAAGUGAACAAGGAGAAAAACUGUAUCUCGUCAAACAUUUGUCUUGAUACUCAUCAGCAGUGACUGCUACACAACUUUAACUCGUAACAUAAUUGAAGACUGAGCGUGUUGGGCCAAUUUUACUUGCUUGGAAAGUGCUGUUUCUAACUGUAUGAGAACUGACUGUAAUACAUGAGUAUUUUUGUUAUAACUCAACCCAUACAUAUAUCUACAUAUGCAGUGCAUCUAUAUAGAAGAGUUCUUUAUUCUUGGUCUUUUAUCUUAUUGUCUUCUUUCCUAUUUUUCUCUUUCCUUCUAACAAUUAAAGUUUUGUAUUAAAAAAAAGAAUAAUUUGGUUCAAAAAUCUUUAUAUGGAAGAAUUCUUUUACUGGUGUUACUUUAUUUCCUUGUAAAGGUAUCCUGUCCUCCCAUAGUUCUCUUUACAUAAAAUCAUAUCUAUAUGGCAUAUGCUGAAAUUCAUUUCUUGUAAAGUGUUAAUCUUUUCUGUGACUAAACAGCAAUAAUAAACAGAAAACUAGAAAUUAUUUUCAGAUAUUGUAUCUGUCAUAAGCCAUUGUAAAUAUAAAGUAUGUUGUUUGUUGUGCCUUCA